AUGCCUAUCGACUAUUCGAAGUGGAAGGCGAUUGAAGUGUCAGACGAUGAGGAUGACACUCAUCCAAACAUCGACACUCCAUCACUUUUCAGAUGGCGCCAUCAAGCCCGCCUUGAGCGAAUGGCUGAGAAGAAGCAGAAAAGGGAGGAAAUUGAGAAGAACAGAACGACAAGUAACAAUAGAAUUGAGGAACUUGAGAAAAAACUACAAUCUACUGACAUUGGUGCCGACGAAAAAAGUAAACUGGAGAAAGAGCUAGCUGAAAUCAAGGAACAAGAGGCGAAAUGGCUUGCGAAGGAAAAAGAACUUGAAGAACAAGAACGGCUCGAACCUUGGAAUGUAGACACAAUCGGUCACGAAGGAUUCAGUUAUUCACGAGUUAACAAGGUCUCUGACAAAAAAGUGGAACCACCGAAGCUAUCAGAUGAAGAAGAUUCGAAGAGAAUGACGAACUUUUUCGACAAAAAUGAAAGCCUCAUCCAAGAAUACGGUAAACUUAGCUCUUUGGAGGAUUCUGAGGCAUUUAUUUUGGAACAUCCACAUCUUGCCAGCGAGUAUACGGCGAACUACCUCACCAUUGAUGCUCUGAAUAUGGCAAUAGACCACAAGGAAGAGGAAAUGAGUAAUAUUGCACGACAGUGCAUUGUGAUCCAAUAUCUGCUUGAACUUGCCAAGAACAUGAACGCCAUUCCGACAAAUGUGAACAUCAUUAAAGCUUUCUUCAAGAAGUUCCGCUCCGCAGAUCCGCAAUACCUCAAACUGUACACUGACGAAGUAGCGGCGUUUGAGGAUCGACUGCGAAGACGUGCUAAAGAGAAAAGAGAUGCUGCCUUAGCUGAAUAUGAGGCUGAGGAGAAGGAAAAACGCAUCGCUGCCGCGCCCGGCGGUCUCGAUCCUCAGGAAGUGUACGAAUCGCUUCCUGAGGAGAUGCGUGCAGCUUUUGACAGCCAGGAUGUGUCAAAGUUGCAGGAGGUGGCAUUGUCAAUGGAUAGAGAGGUGUUUUCUUAUCAUUUCCAACGCUGUAUUGAUUCUGGAUUAUGGGUACCUAACGCUUCGUCGGAAGAAGCUGAACAUUCUGAACAGGCUGAAGAGGGUGCAACCACAAAAACUUAA